GCUGAAGAUGUUUGUCCAGUGCAACUUGAGGAUAGGACCAGAGGCCAGAGCACUAAAGUUGGUCAAGUUCUUCAACUUGGGUAGAAGCCUCUUUUGCCUUUUGAUAAAAUACCCCUUUGGGGAAGAUUGAUUCAAAAGUCUAAGAUAUGGGGCAGAUGUAGACAACUGAAAAUCAAGUAAAAAAAUUUCGCCGGCUUAGACUUUAAUUUCAUCAUGUCAAUCUAAUUCUCAUAUAUUUAAUUUAAUAUUUUUCUUCUUCUCUUUGUUGUUCUCUCCACUCCUUCCAUUCCAUCAUCUUCUACCCACACCAAAAAUCCUAAAUGAACCCAAGACAACUCCUCCUCCUCCUCCUCUUCUUCUUCUUUUCUCUCUUAGAGCCCACAAUCACUUUCUCCUUAGACGAAAGAUUCGAAGCCUGCGUGCCCAAGACAUGUGGGAAUGGGCAGAACAUAAGCUACCCGUUUUACAUCCAAGGCAAGCAAAAACCCUUUUGCGGGCAGCCAGGCUUCGAGCUAACGUGCGGUCACAACGGCUUCCCAAUUCUGACUCUCAUGUACACCCCAUACACAAUCCACCAAAUUUUCUACCACAACAACUCCCUCCGACUCUCCAACCCCAUCUUUUCACAACCAAACGCUUCUUCUUGUAUUGGCCCCACUCAAAACCUCACGGUCGGAAGGUACAUAUUCCGACUGGCUCCAAACCAGAGGGAUCUGUUCGUCCUAUACGGCUGCGACCCAGCGGUGCUUCCCGAAAGGGUGCGGGAGCGAAUGAUCGGGUGUUCUGCGGCGGGGAACGAAACCACGUUGGUUGUCGGUUUGGAUAAGGAUGAUCUGGAUUUGGUUACGGCGCGGGAGAGUUGUAACGGCGGUGCGGUGAAUGCGACGGUGGAAGAUUUGAAAGGAGGGGUUCGAGAGGCGCUGUGGAGAGGGUUUAUGUUGAUUUGGAAUGCGACUAGCUGCAGGGAGAGCGAGAACAGUGAAGGGAGGUGCGGCUUCGACCUCGACCCUCUCGUCUAUGCUUUUCGGUGUUACUGUCCUGAUAGGCCUCAUGUUGUGAAAUGUAAUCCAGGGACAAAGUGGCUGAGUAAGGCAGCAAAAAUAGUUAUAGGUUUAAGUGUUGUAAUCCUAUGCAUCUUGAUGAUUGGGUUGCUCCUACAUUGCAAAAGAAAACACAGUUCCUCAAGUGGUCAAUUCCAAACUUGGGGAGGAUUUUGCUCUACCCUGAUCUUUCUAGUGAAAAUGGCUUUUGAAAUUAUGUGAUUCUAAUCUUCUAUUGAAUUGAAUAUUCAUUUGUUUCAAAAAACUUGGGGAUUAAAUAAAGCAAAUGUUAUGUAAUUAUAUAGUUUGUAUUCA